AUGCCCGCGACGGCCUGCGAGGUCCCGCUGGAACUCGCCACCCACCUCGGUGGCGUGGAUGCGCUCGAGUUCGGCCCUCGAGGCGCGCCACUCGUCGUCGCGCUGCAGGGCAAGAGCGCAAAUCCCGACGUGAUCGCCGAGUGGGUUCCGGCGGCGCGACUCCUCGCGGGCGCCGGUUGGCGCGUCGUUGUCCCGAACCUGCACUCGAACGAGCUCACCAAGCCAGGCGCGGUGGCCAGCAAAGACGCGACGCAGGUCGUGCGUGACAUCAUCCGGUCCGAGCACAACUGCGGCGCGUCGUGCGCCGUCGUCAUGGGGAAGAGCUGGGGCGGCGGCGAGGCUGUCGCAUUUGCGGCGGCGCACCGGGCGAUGGUCGUUGCCCUCGUGCUGGUUGCGCCGUCGCUCUCGGACAUGUCGCUGCUGCAGCAGGUGCGGGAGAUACCGAUCUGUCUCUUCUGGGCCCGCGAUGACGCGGUCAAGCCCUUCGCCCUGUCCGAGCACUACACCAGCAGCCUUGCGCCAGCCUGCACGCUGCACGCCUCCGACCUCGGAGGGCACCGCGUGCUGCCGGAGUACCUUCCCUCCAUCGCCGCCUGGCUCAGCGAGAGACGGGCGGAGGCGUUGCAUGCGGCGGAGGCGGGGCAUGCGCCCGAGGCAGCAGCAGAGGCAACGCCCGCGCAGGCGCAAGUGCAGGGCGAGGGGCUCGCAAGGCGCUCCGCGGACCACCGUCACUCCGCCGACCUCACCCGCCCUCGGACUCUCCUCGCGGCGAUCGAGCGCCUCGAUCUACUGCACGACUCGGCGGCCGCCGCUGAGGCGGGCGGCGUGCUCCGCUGCUUGAUCCUCGGGGCGGACGCUCGCGAAGGGGCGUCUCUGGAGGCUGCCUGCGGCGGUGCCGUGCGGCUGAACGUGCGAUUCAGCUGCAAGUUGUACCACGAGCUCACCGCGGACGAGCUGGGUGCCCCUCCGCACGUCGCCGUGGCCUUCCAGGCGGGCGUGUGGGGGUACGACACGUGGGCGCCGACGGUCGGCAGCGUCCUGAGGUCCGGCUGCGCUCUGGUGGUGACCUCGUACACUAUCCUCGAGGCAGAGGACGACGAGGAGGCGCUCGCGGCGAUCGGGGGCAUGCGGUGGGCGUGGCGGCCGGAGCCCAACCCGUGGCGUUCGGCCGUGACCGAGAGCCGGCUCAACAGCCGAGGCGACGCGAGGGACCUCGCCGAGAAUGCCGCCUGGCAGUGCGUCCUCGGGACCUCGCGUUUUCUGUCAGUGGCUGUGGCCAUCGUCUUCACGCUGCUGCAGAGGUGCCUGUCCAACCGGGUGCCUGGCGCCUUCAUGCAGGAGGAGGUGCAGAACGAGAAGCUCGACACGAAGCUCGACCGGGUGCUUGAGCACCUGCAGUCUCUGCAGCAGGGGCAGCAGGAGCUCGCAUACUCCGCUGCUGCUGCCUUAGGCGACAGGCCUGGGGGCAUCAGUGCGGCCUUUUCGGGCGCAGCGUCUCCCCAAGGCGCCGCUGCAGGGGCGCCCUCCAAGCUCCCUGUCCCCAUGGCCGGCCUGGAGCCCGCACUCGCCCCGGUCGAGAUCGCGGCCUGA